AUGGCUGGUGCCCGGCUUGAAAAUCCGUAUGCAUCUUUGGACACGCAGAUUGAGCAGUUGAUGAAAUGCCAGCCAUUGCCUGAGAACGAGGUCAAGGCUCUUUGUGACAAGGCCCGGGAGAUUCUCAUUGACGAAUCCAACGUGCAGCCAGUGAAGUGUCCUGUGACAGUCUGUGGAGAUAUCCAUGGCCAGUUCCAAGACCUUCUGGAGCUCUUUCGCAUCGGUGGGAACUGUCCAGAGACCAACUACCUCUUCAUGGGCGAUUACGUGGACCGAGGCUACCAUUCAGUGGAGACUGUCUCUCUCCUGGUGGCGCUCAAAGUCCGCUACAGGGAGCGGAUAACCAUCCUCCGCGGCAAUCACGAGAGCAGACAAAUCACCCAAGUCUAUGGCUUCUACGAUGAGUGCCUGCGAAAGUACGGCAAUGCUAAUGUAUGGAAGUACUUCACGGAUCUCUUUGACUACUUGCCGCUCACAGCUUUGAUCGAGAACCAGAUCUUCUGCCUGCAUGGCGGCUUGUCACCCACCCUGGACACGCUGGAUCACAUACGCGCGCUGGACAGAGUACAAGAGGUACCGCAUGAGGGACCCAUGUGCGAUCUGCUGUGGUCCGACCCGGACGACCGCUGCGGCUGGGGCAUUUCGCCGCGCGGGGCCGGGUACACCUUCGGGCAGGACAUAAGCGAGCAAUUCAACCACACCAACGGCCUCAACCUGGUCGCGCGCGCGCACCAGCUUGUGAUGGAGGGCUUCUCCUGGACCCACGAGCAGAACGCAGUCACCGUCUUCUCCGCGCCCAACUACUGCUACCGCUGCGGGAACAUGGCGGCCAUCAUGGAGGUGGACGAGACCAUGCAGAAGAACUUCCUGCAGUUCGAGCCUGCGCCAAGGCGAGGAGAGCCGGAGGUGACAAGGAGAACGCCGGACUACUUCCUUUGA